UCACGACACAACCAUCUCAAGUGUACAAUAUGCCCUUUAAGGUCACUGUUACACCUGUAGUGAGUUAAAGAAAAUAUUGUUGCAUUAGGGUCAAAUCUGUUUCUCUACACUUAUUACUGACCAAGAGGCAAACAAAUAUAAAGUUAUAUGGACAUCAUUUAUUGGACCUCAUUCUUUGGACAGUUUUGUUAAUUGUCAACCUGCACCAUCAGCACUACAAUGACCCAUGUGGAAAAAUAAAUACAAAUUUAUUCUGGUGACCGAGCAACACAUACUUCACUUCGCCGCCCCUUAUGUGCAUUAUUAGUCUAGACUGCAACUGGACCUUAUAUGUGAUGUGCUACAUUGCACUAAAGGGACCUGCUAAAAGUACACAGACUCGUGCACAACAACAUCGUUCAACAUCAUUUAGUUUCGUGCAGAAACUGAAUGGUGACGUGUGUAUAAGUGCAGCCGAUAAAAUUGUGAGCAUGAGGAGUUAAUGGCUUUAAGCUCCUAUCUUGAUGAUGCAAAUUUACACUUUGGCAAAGAAACUAUGUCUAGUCUACUUUGGAGGACAUCCUGCCAUCGUUUCAAUAUUCUGUUACACUGUUACAAGAUGUCUGGUUUGGUAGACUGUGAAAAGACAUUUGGGAUUGUAUUGGCCAUUGUAAUGUAAAAAAUAAUGUGUGGUCUGUCAUGAGGAUGAUAAAAUACUCAGCUCCCCUUGAGCAUGCUGUCUGCUGUAUGAACAUUAGGAUAAAGAUAAAAUAUUUUAUUGAUCUAUGGGUGGAAAGGGGGUGUAGUAAUUUGUAAAUUUAUGGAUUUCUUGACAUUUCCCUUACUAAACAGAGGGGUGCUGCAGUUGGAGGAGUUUCAGAGGUCAUGGUUUCUGCUUUUCUAAAUGUCACUUAUUUGCAGACGUAUACUAGCUGCUUAGAUCAUAUCAUGUUGCUGUGGCUCACUCAGUGUUUAGGGACAGUAAAUCCUUUCUGAAAAUGACUUUGAGAAAUAAUUUCCCUCAAAUAUUCACACAGGUUAAACCACUUUCAUCGAGUCUAGAACAGAUCCUAAUACAUAGAAGAAGCACACUGGACUGUUGCCAGUAACUCUAAGCAUAUGGAAAAGGAAGUUGAAAACUUGGGCUGAACCAGGGGAAAUGAAAAGCAUAAGUGUAAGCAGUACUUUAGUAACACUUCUGUAUUCUAGGAUUUGGGAAUUAGACAAGCCUGACACACUGGUUGAGCUGAUCUCAGUGGUAGCACCUUUUUUCUGCUUCAUUAUCCUCUCUGGCUCUGAGAAGCUGAAUUUAUUCAACAUGUUCUGUUCUGACGUGUAUGCAGAAGCAAGGUCUGAGCUGUUCUCUGGGACCAGAACCCACAGUUCAGAUCGUACCAUGGACCUUGGUCUAGCUGAGGACCACUUCUCGAGGCCUAUGGGUUCGUUUGUGGCGUCCGACAUUGAACAGCUCAAACUGGCCAUAGAGGAGUGUAAAAAGCUGAUCUUGGAGCUGCCAGAACACUCGGAGAGACAGAAGGACACUGUGGUGAAACUUAUCCACCUGCGUCUCAAACUGCAAGAGCUUAAGGACCCUGAGGAGGAUGAGCCUAAUCUGAGAAUCCUACUGGAGCACCGUUUUUCCAAGGAAAAGAGCAAGAGUGUCAAACAGACCUGUGACAAGUGUAGCACUAUCAUCUGGGGCCUUAUCCAGACUUGGUAUACCUGCACAGGUUGCUAUUAUCGUUGCCAUAGUAAGUGUAUGAACAUGAUCACGAAGCCCUGUGUCAGAUCAAAGGUCAGCCACCAGUCGGAAUACGAGCUCAGCAUCUGCCCUGAAAUAGGACUGGACCGGCAGGACUACCGCUGUGCAGAAUGUCGCACACCCAUUUCACUGAGGGGCGUGCCGAGUGAAGCCAGACAGUGCGACUACACAGGCCAGUAUUACUGCAGCACAUGCCACUGGAAUGACACUGCCAUCGUCCCAGCUCGUGUCAUCCACAACUGGGAGUUUGAACCACGCAAGGUUUGUCGCUCCUCAAUGCGCUACCUGGCCCUGAUGAUCCCGCGACCUGUGCUGAAGCUGAAAGAAAUCAACCCGCUGCUAUUCAACUUUGUGGAGGAACUGGUCGAGAUCAGGAAACUACGUCAAGAUAUUCUGUUGAUGAAACCCUAUUUUAUUACCUGCAAGGAGGCCAUGGAGGCUCGCCUGUUACUACAGCUACAAGAUCGCCAGCACUUUGUGGAGAAUGAUGACAUGUACUCACUACAGGAUUUGAUUGAUAUCUCUAGUGGCAGACUCAGCUGUUCCCUCACAGAGAUUCACACCACAUUUGCUAAGCACAUCAAACUGGACUGUGAGCGUUGUCAGGCCAAAGGAUUUGUGUGUGAGCUGUGUAAGGAAGGAGACAUCCUGUUCCCUUUUGACAGUCACACCUCUGUCUGCCACGAGUGCUCUGCUGUCUUCCACAGAGAUUGUUACUACGACAACUCCACAACUUGUCCACGAUGUGCUCGAAUGACCGAGCGCAAGCAAGACGAUGAUGUGAAAGAUGCAUAACUCUGGAGAGGACCACCUGAUGUGACUGGAAGUUGCACUUUUUCUCGCGUUGUGCUCUAUUCAGUCAAGACAGUCUGAUAGAAGACUAGCUUCUCGUCUUUGUCCUUGGUUUGUUUUGUGCAUAUGUUUACUGAAGUGUCUUUAUCUUCAUGUGCACUACAUAAUGAAGCAGGGUAUUUAGAAACCCAUCUGGAAAUUAAUAUAUAUAUUUUUAUCCAACUUUUUAAUCCAUACUGAAAUUGGAUGUACUGAGCACUGUGUAUGUGUGUCUGUGUGAGUGAUUCACAUUUGUGCGUGUGUCUGCUUGUAUAAAUGUACAAAAUAAAUGCCCUAUAGAAAAAAAGCCAACUUAUCAAUAGGUGAUUAUGCAUGCAGGAGUUGUAUACGGUAUUAACUAUUACAAGCUUCGACUGCAUUAAGCUAUACUGCCAACAUUGCUGAAUACUAAAGUUUAAGGUUGCCAUAUAUGAUACGAUUAUAACUCCAGCUUCCAAAGACAAAAUCACAAAAAAUAUAUUAACCGGAGAUUUGCCUUUCAGCUUCAAAUUGUAUGUUUUUAUUUUAAAAACAAAAACCAGUAAACAUGCUCUAAAGUUAAAUGAGUGACAUUGCACUGAGCUGUCGUUUCCAAGCACCAAUUAGUAUGAUGCAUAGUGUUUAUUUAGUUUACAAUAAGUAAUGAAGUAAAUCUGUUAGACUAUGUGAUCAUAACAUCACUGUAACUCUCUUUCUCUCUUUUUACACAUAUUCCUUCAUCAGUUCCAACACUGUUUACCUGUUUUCCUUUCAGAGUCAUAAUUUUUUGAUCUGCUUAACAUUUCAUAGGAUCUUAAAAAUAUUUACAGGCCUUUAAAGCAAUAUUUCUUUUGACCAAUCUAUUUACACCUCACUCUACAGUAUAGGCCUGCUUCAAGUUUGAUUGAUCAAUUAGCCACCCUGGAUACUGGAAAAAAAAAACAUGGCUUGCAGAUGUUAGACAAGAAAGGUGUAUAUAUAAUCAUUAGAACCAUAAUUUGAAAUAUAAAAACAUAUUAGCAAUAGAUACAUAAUCAAAGCAUGCGUCACCAAUACAUUUUCUUUUAAGAAGAAUUGAAUUUAACUUUAAAAAUAAAAAAAGGCAUAUGGGAGUUAAAUGUGCUUUCCUUGUACUCAAAACUGUGAACUCAAUGUACACUGUUUGAUCUGUGUUUAAUCUGGUUCAGUCUAGUGCAGUGUAUAGCAAAUAGAUGUGAAUACUCAUGAACAUUGUGUGCCUAAGAUUGUCAGGUAACAUACAGCAGUUAUCCAAACGUCUUAAUACAUGUUAAUGUUUUCAGUCUUAAAGUACCUAUAACACAUUUUGUCCAGAGAUGACGAAGUUGUUAAGUGACACCUUAAAGUGUAAAUGUUGACCUAAAGUAUUUGUUUUAAAAUAAUGAGUUAUGGCUGUGUUAUCUUUCAGCAUGAUGUACUGUAUUUGUUUUUGUUUUUUCAAACUAAUGGACAUACGUGGUGUUGGUGAAAGCCAUGCCCUGUUGGAGAACAUGUUGGAGUACUGCAUGAAUAAAGUAAUGAAAUGCAUUAAA